AUGGCUGCCUUCGUCAGAGUCUCGGGGCCGCCAAACAGUAACUUCCUCGUAGGCUACCCCGGAAUAUCGGCGACCCUGCCGCGCAUAGAGGGCAAAGUGGAGAUCAGGCCCCUCACUGGCAUCUCUGCGCCGGUUGCGAUAUCGCUGGUGCGGAUAUGUCUGCAGAGGAGGGAAACCAUACACCCGUCUGCCGAGUCAAUCGCGAAGAAACAUUUGGGCACGCCGCGGAGGGAGCUUACGGAUGUGGUGGGCAAGGAGCUGCUGUUAUUUCGGUGUCCAGCGGGAAGAGAAUCGGAAAGUGUGGUUUUGAUGGAUCUACCGUUCAUGCUAUUCAUACCUCAUGGAAGGGGAGGCGAAGAGAGCAGUCGAAGGAUACCUCCCGCGUCAUUACAACUCCCAAGUCGGACGGCAGAGACAUUUUAUGAAUUGGUGGUCACAGUGCAGCAAGGGCAGGAGCAGAAUAAAUUUGCGUUUCCGGUACCGAUACAAAGAUACGAUACCCUCUCGACAUUCGGCAUGUACAACCGCGAUGAGCCAAAUAACAAGAGAGAAGAUCAUUUGGUUACGCUGAAUACGAAUAUGCCACGGUGGUCCUAUGGUCCUUUGGAUCCUGUAAGCGUCUAUAUAGAUCUCCAGCCGAAUCCGGAUUGGUUGAGCAAGGCGAGGAAGGUCCUGGUACAGAAGAUUACGCUGGGGAUAGAAGAGGAGAUUACAUAUAAUCCGGAGGGAGACGAGCCUACGAAGAAGAUCAAUCGAAUAGCAAAGCAGCAGGAGACGAUCAAUAUGAGGUUACCGGACACUGGGUACGUGGCAACUUUAGGGUUGGUAUUUCCAUCCAAGGAGCUCCGGGACGCGGAGGGCAUCCUCCGGCGAGGCAGACCUGCGUUUCCCUCGUAUCAGGUCAGCUCGUUUACAACAACGGGAACUCUUUACAAAAUAGAGUUCUUCUUGACGGUAAAGGUGCACAUGUCCAAUGCUAAAGAUAUAACAUUACGGCAACCAAUUGUCGUUUGUGCAAUGGACAACCAGGCUUGCAAAGAGGAAAUGGAUGCCAUCGAACAAGCAGCAAAAGACGCUUCACUUGUAGACCAGAAUAAUCCGAUGCUGCCCGCGUGCUCGAUAGUACGGGCGAACGACAAGGAAGCUCUGAGGGCUUUGGGAUGGACUAUGGUGGGUGGGCAGAAGAAGAUGAUCAUCGAAUGA